UACAUUUGCAGCAUGAACCACUCAUCUCCUCUGUCUCCUUCAGAGGCCCCCAAGGAAUUUGAUGGUGGGACAGCAGCAGCGUGUCUGAUCCUGGGUCUCUCCUUCUUGGUUGGAGCUCCCGGGAACCUGCUGGUGAUCUGGACCAUCCUGAGACACGUCAAGCAGCGCUCACACACUGUGACUCUCAUCCUGCACCUUGCUGUGGCAGACAUGCUGGUCCUCGUCACCCUGCCUCUGUGGAUCUACUCUCUGGCCCACUCCUGGAUCUUUGGAGAGGCCUGCUGUAAAGCCAUGGUUUUCAUAAUCAACGCCUCUAUGUACAGCAGUGUUUUCCUCAUCACUGUUAUGAGUGUGGAGCGCUUUCUAGCCAUCUGUCAUCCAUUUGUGAUGAUGCGCCUGAAGACCGAAACAGCUAUGAAUAGAUGUCUUGUACUUCUCUGGUUCCUCGCUUUGCUUCUAGGAGUGCCGGCUGCUCUGACCCAGACUGUGGAUGAAAGUGAUGAAACUGAGACCUGUUUUUUCAGGGAAUUCCUUCCUUCCCAAGCAAUUAUCUUCUUAUGUUUGGAGAGCUUGCUGGGAUUUGUGCUUCCUUUCAUUAUUCUUAGUAUUUGUUACUGUCUUGUUGCUGUGCAGCUCAAGAAAAUGACCUUUAGGUCGAAACAGAAAUCUAGAAUUCUUGUUCACACUCUUGUGAUUGCUUUCAUGCUGUGCUGGUUGCCUUACCACAUCAUCAACAUUAUUGAUCUAGUUUGCAUUUUACAAUCAGACACAGAUCAUGAAUGUGUACCAGACAGUCUUAUCUUUGGCUCUGGAGCUCUUGCUUUCGUCAGCAGUUCAGUGAAUCCUCUGUUAUACUCCUUCUUCGCCAGGAACUUCAGAGGGAGUCUCAAAGAGUCUCGGUUGGUUGGGCUAUUUCAGGAAAUGGUCACUCACACAAAUAAACUCAGGGAGCUGGCAAUGCAACACCAGACAGGCCAGGGGGCAGCAAACACACAGACAGAGGAGACGUCUGACACUCCACGUUGAAAAGAAAGCAUACUGUGAUCCCUGAAGACCUGGUCAUGUGAAAAAGGGACAGCGGGAAAAUGUUGGCUGCCACUACAAUUUAGUAUGAAGACUAAAUGGUGAUUAAAUAGAGUUGAUAACGUGUUGCAGUUUAUGUUGUAACUACAUAUUAUAUCCUAAUCUUGUAUCAGACCUCACUAACACAGUUAUAGCACGUUUUUUGUAAAAUAAUAAAUCAGUACUGAAUAAUACUGAAUAAUGUAAUAUUAUUAUCACUUUCAACCAUCAAACAGGGGAGUAUUCUGUCUCAUUUCCAAUUAAACAUCACUGUUUAUUCACUUCAAAACUGGAGAACUCGUGGCUCUUGAAUGAGUUCAUGUGGGUGAAAAUUAUAUUAACAUUAAUGAGUCAGAAACUAAAUAACUUUAUGUUUUCUUGAAAAUCCUGUUUUUGUUUUGCAGUGAAGACUGUGGGGCAGGUGUUGAUAUUCCCGUCAUUUAGAGACAUCAAGUUUAAAUGUGUGGAUCUGUCAGUUUGGGGUAUUGCAUUUUGGGAGAGAUUGCACAUUUUUCUGUUUUGAUGAAAAAGAAAAUUCAGCUUGAGUAAGAACUGAGGACACAGCAGCAAAGUUAAAAAGACUGGUCCUCAAGUUUCUUUUUCUUUCCCAUGAAAUGUCACUUACAUCCUAGCUUUAAAUGCAUAGUGCAGACUUUUUCUUUUUAGAUAAUUGAUUAUUUCAGAAAUUGUACAACACAUGCCAGACUGAAGUCCUAACAGCCAUAGCAUCACUAUGCUGGUAGUUUUGGCAUAUGUUAACAUGUUUCCAUUAAAAACUCUGUGG